AUGUAUGUCCUGCUGAUCCUAAUAGUUCCAUCAGACCAGAUCAAAGUGGUCAGCACUGACCAGGUCCUGGAGCAAGUCCAUGGUGAACCACCGGCGUGGGCUGAGAAUCGCCAGCAGUUAUGCGACUCAAUUCCUUGGUUCCAUUGCACUCAGGGUGCAAUGUAUCACAGUGAGGGCUUUUGCUGGGGCUUUCUGAUUGAUGCCGACGGUGGUACCCGGACCUACAUUGACGACGAAGUUAUCAUAACUCGAAUUGGUGGUUGCUGCACCAAAGACUCAGAGGGAAACCUGGCCCCCCAAAAGAAUCAGGAGGCUGAUAGCACACUCGCCCGAAGCAUCAUUGCUAGCCUGAAGUCAGAGCUUCCUGUUGGUUCAAUUUUUGGGAGCAAGCACAAGAUCCUCAAUGGUGACCUGCCACAUCGGUACAACAUCAUGGCAUGGUUUCGGGUUACCAAUGUUUGGUUUGAAAGAAUUGGCACGAACCAUGGAGCGAAGGUCCGUUUUGAGAAAUUGGAUCUCGCGGAGAACAGCUGGUGGGCAGCAAAGGGCUCUGCUCCUCCAAUGCCCCUCGAACUCAGAGACUUCGACACAAAGCCUCAAAGCCUGAAGUGCGAGGGCUGCUCCAAGGAAAGUAUCCGUGUGUAUGAGGAUGGUUGGAUGUGCCUUCAGCCGGAGUGUGACAGGUUCUGGAAGAUUGGAAACGUUUCCAGUCCUCCUGAGCUAACUUUUAACCCUGCCUUCUUGAGCUUCCGCAGUCGUUCCGACGAUGAAAUUCGGCCUAACUGCAGCCUGGUCCCCGAUCAUCUUCCGACACUGGAUGAGGAUGCCACGGACAUCAGCACAUCUCGUGGUGCGUGGAAGUGCAGCGAUGACUCUACUGGCACUCAGACGGGCGGUAACGUCUGCUCAUUUGAAAGGCUCAUGACAAUGAGCCCCAUCCCGCGCCAAGUUCUACUCGAUGAUUCCGAGCAGCCCUCAAUGAGACGAGAAAUGGUGUUCGAUAGGAAAUUCAUGAUCCCGGAGAUCGAUGAUGUUAGCUUGUCUCCCUAUCGCAAGCUAACCUACAAACUUGAUGGAGUCGGCUUUAUCACCCAUUUUGUCGCGAACGCAGACAUCAACAGCCGACCAAAUGGGCCCGACGACCUGUUUAUCGGUCUUCAGCGUGAAGAUCUCGGUUUAAAACGUUUUCCGCUUUCGUCCAGUCUAGUCGCGGGCACACUUACCGCUCACUUCGCGGUGAACCACGGUAGCCCGUAUAAGUAUGUCGUGUCGGUGCUGUCAAAGGCGUUUGGCGAAGCCCCUGGGGUCAUUCUCCGGGCUCUAGGUCGUCUUUCGCGGGCGACUGAACAAGCUGUCAUCUCCGCUGGAGACAUGUACAUGCCUCCCAAUGAGCUGUUGACGCUGGGGUACUUUGAGGGCAUGAAGAUAGGAUACCAUGACGAUGGUGAAUCCUCUCUAGGCCCUACAACUGCAACCCUCUCACUUGGAGCAAAAUCCACUAUGUGGAUCCGCAUGAAGUAUACGCACUUCAACGGACAUACUCGACGGGUGGACGCCGGCGAUGGCAAAGUUGUAUCUGGGAGUGUUCUGCAAGAGGACCCCGUGCUGAAAGGCUGCCGGCUGGAAGAUGAGCGUCGUGCGCUCAAGGAGAGGUUUGAAGCUGGCGAGAUCUCCCAAGAUGAGUAUGACAACUCUCGACGAACUCUCUUUGCCACCCAGAAGGGAAAGCAAGCUCCGCCAGCCAUCAAGUUGGACUUGCACCAUGGAGACCUGGUAGUCAUGCACGGUGAAAACCUUCAGAGGUACUACGAGCACUCGGUGGUGCCGGAGAACAAGUUGCGGUUUGCCCUUACCGCGUGGUAUGUCAAACCCGACCAUGUUGACGCCGCGGAGAUCGAGAAGGGCAAUUUUACCCUCACGCCUGACCAAAUCUACGACGGGAAGUGA